AUGGACAGGGCCGGGCGGCAGCAGGUGCUGACCCUCCUCCCCGUCUGCCUCGCCCUGGCCUUCUCCCUUGCCGCCAUGGUCAGCACCCACUGGUGCGAGGGGACCCGGAGGGUGGCAAAGCCUCUGUGCCGGGACCAGCCGGGCAGGCUGCACUGCAUUCACUUCAGUGGGGGCCACGGCAGCGGUGGCAGGAGGGACAACGGGAGCCGGGCUGUCCAGUACAUUUGGGAGAUGGGGGACGACAAGUUCAUCCAGUGCAGGUUCCACGUGGGGCUCUGGCAGUCCUGUGAGGAGAGCCUCGGCAGCACAGGUGUUCUGUGGUUGUCCAUUGGGGCCGAAAUCCUGAAUAUCCUUCUGUUGUUGACAAGUGCCGUCCUCCUGGGCUCCAGAGUGAGUUAUCACGGCUCUGGGUUCCACUUGCUCAGGGUGGACGCAUCUGUGGCCAUCCUCAUGGUGCUCGCAGGGCUUCUCAGCAUGGUGGCCCACAUGAUGUACACAACCAUUUUUCAAAUCACUGUGAACCUUGGACCAGAAGAUUGGAAGCCUCAGACGUGGGACUAUGGCUGGUCCUACUGCCUCGCGUGGGGUUCCUUUGCCCUCUGCAUGGCUGUGUCGGUCAUGGCCAUGAACAGAUACACAGCAGCCCGCUUGGAGUUCAUAGAGAAGCAGAGGAUACAGAAGGGCAGUCGGCACUCUCAACAAAACUUCCCGGAACCCAAGGCUUUGGAAAGUGUUUGGGAAACAAAAGCUGCUCCCAGCCCUGACGGACAUGCCCUCGUGAGUGUGUCAGAGCACCUGCCACCAAGUGACCCAGGCAAAGUGUCCAUGUGCUAG